AUGGAGCAUACCUUCACCAUGGCCUCACUUGUCUGCAUCUACCCCAACCUCAUCCUGUAUAGAGGAAGGGAUAAAAACAAUGUCAUCAUUAAAACAGCUGGUGUGAAUUUUGGACCUUUUUGGCCUGGCUGGUUUGCAAAGGCCCUGACCAUUGUCAAUAUCAGGAGUCUCAUCUGCAAUGUGGGGGCUGGUGGACCUGCUCCAGCAGGAGACCCUGUCCCCACCACUGCUGCCCCAGGUGAGGAGAAGAAAGAGGAAGCAAAGAAAGAAGAAUCUGAAGACUCUGAUGAUGACAUGGGAUUUGGUCUUUUUAACUAA